AUGGCAACGGCAAAGAACAAGUCACGAUGUUUUACUUGUAACAAGGACAGAAUUACUUAUUCUUGUCAAGGCUGUUCAAGUCAGUUUUGUUUAACUCACUUAAAUGAACAUCAACAAAAUUUGAAUGAACAGUUGAAUAUCAUCAUUACUGAUUGUGAUCAGUUUCGAGAGAGAAUAAACCAGAAACAACCGGAUUUAUCAUUAAUCGAGGAAAUUGAUCGAUGGGAAACGAAAUCAAUCGCGUUAAUUCGACAAACAGCACACCAAUGUCGACAAGCGCUUGUCGAAGAGACACAAAAUACUAUCAAACAAAUUGAAGAGAACUUCAAUAAGUUGAUGAAAGAAAUCAAGAUUAUUCAACAAGAAAAUGAAUUUAAUGAGAUUAAUCUGAAAGGUUUGAAAAAGAAAUUAAAAGAGAUUAACAAUGUAUUUAAUUAUGCGUUUGAAUAUACUGUCGAAGAAGAGAAUUCACAAACAUUUGUCAAGAAAAUUUCAAUCAAAAUACCGAAAAAAAUGAUCUCGAAGAAAUGGAAGCAAGCAGCGACGUGUGUAGCGGGAGGAAAUGGUUUUGGUGACAAAUUAAAUCAAUUUUCUUUUCCUCAAGGAAUAUUCAUAGACAGAAAUCAAAAUAUCUUUAUUGUGGAUUGCUUGAAUCAUCGAAUUAUGCGAUGGAAACCGAAUGCAACUCAAGGAGAAAUCGUGACAAAUGCAAACAACGCGAAUCGAUUGAGUUAUCCAAGAGAUGUGAUUUUUGAUGAACGCGACCAAUCACUGAUCAUUUCUGAUUUAAUGAAUAGACGAGUAAUUCGAUGGUGGAACGAAAGUCAACAAGAAAUUCUCAUUGAUGAUGUAUCAUGUCAUGGUUUAGCGAUGGAUAAAGAUGGAUAUCUUUAUGUUUCUGAUUGGAAGAAACAUGAAGUGAGAAAAUGGAAAAUGGGCGAAGGAAAAUUAGUUGCUGGUGGAAAUGGUCGAGGAUGUCGAUCUAAUCAACUCAAAUCUCCAACGUUUAUCUUUGUUGAUGAUGAACAAUCGAUUUAUGUUUCGGAUUAUGAGAACCAUCGUGUGAUGAAAUGGAGAAAAGAUGCGGAGGAAGGAAUUGUUAUUGCUGGCGGACAUGGUCAAGGAAAUAAUCUCAAUCAAUUAUGUCAUCCCGAAGGAGUAAUUGUUGAUAAAUGCGGCCAAGUUUACAUUGCAGAUAAUGGCAACGAUCGAAUAAUGCGUUGGUGUGAACAUGAUGAUGAAGGUGAGGUCAUUGUUGGUGGUAAAGGAAGAGGAAAAGGGUCAAACCAAUUGUCGUAUCCUACUGGCUUAUCAUUCGAUGCUGAGGGAAAUCUUUAUAUUGUUGAUUUUGGAAAUGUACGAAUUCAAAAAUUUGACUUAGUUUGUUAA